AUGGGUGACUCGGAUGACGAAUAUGACCGGAAACGUCGAGAUAAAUUCCGUGGAGAGCGCAGUGCUGGAGGUGGAGGAGAUAGCUACGGACGUGGAGCCGACCGACCAGAUCGUUCACGCGGAAGAGAUGAGUGGCCCGAUCGGGUGCGCCCUCGACAGGAUUACCGGGAUUAUAGACCACCUCCCCGGGAUCGUGGCUAUUCACCAGCUCGAGAAGGACCUACGGUUAAACGUAUGCGUGGUGAUGCUUGGGGUGACGAAGGUCGACACAGAUUUGGAGCGCAUGAUGGUUACGGCAUGUAUGGAUAUUCACAUGACCAUUUCGGAAUGCAUCCAGCAGUUGGACCUUACGGUCAUCAAGCAGCAUCCCAUCAAAGAGAACCGGCAGCGUCGGGAGAUAUGCAAACACAACCUUGCAUGAUGACGCUGAAACAAUUUCUUGCCACACAGGAUGAUUCCAUAUCCGAUUCUGAUGCAAUUACGAAGUAUAACGAAUACAAGCUCGAAUUUAGGCGUCAACAGAUGAACGAGUUUUUCGUGGCACAUAAGGACGAAGAAUGGUUCAAAAUCAAAUAUCAUCCCGAAGAAUCACAGAAACGAAAGGAAGAACAGUUAUCUUUCCUUAAGCAUCGGUGUGAAGUAUUUUUGGAUCUAUUAAACUCAAAAGAUGUCGCGAAAGUAUCCGUUGAUGCUUCCAACAGCGAUGCAUUGCUCCGCCUGCUGGAUACGGUUGUCAUCAAACUGGAAGGCGGAACAGAGGAGGAUUUAAAAGUACUGGAUGAAAAGCCUCUGGCAGUUGAUCCGACAACCAAAGUGGCUGGUUUACAGAACACUGAUAAAGCAAAACCUGAAACGAAGGUUGAUUUAUCAACAAAAGAGAUAAUCGUUAAGAAGGAGGACGAUGUUACUAAGCAUGACGGUGGCAUUGAGGAGAACGUUGACGAAGAAAUGACGAGGAAUGGCAAAUCAAACAACAACGAAGAUCGAUCUACAUUCGCGGAUGAUGAUGAUGAUGAGAAGCAUGGCAAGGAAAAUUUAAACGAGCAUAAGACAACGGAACGGGAAGUUGAUGAUGGGGAAAGUGAAGAAUUACAUCACAAAAAUGAAUCUGAAAACAGUAGAAAGAAGCGAAGUCGUUCCGAUUCUGGUUCAAGUUCAUCGUCCACAUCUUCUUCUUCAUCCAGUGAUUCUGAGGAAGAAAAGGAUGAGCAUCUGGCGAAGGAAGACAAGGAUAAUGAAGAAAAUUCAAAACUGCAGGAAGAAGUAAAAACUUCACAUUCUACAGAGAACGAUGAUGUUGCCGUUGAACGCAAGGAAGCAGACGAAGAAAAGUAUGAACGCUCUAGCGAAGAUGUAAACAUGGAGGCGGAUAACGAGGAUGGAUCAAGCAAGGGUAAAGAGUGUUCCGAAUCGGAGGAAACUUCCAAAGACCAGGAAGUGUCUGAUGCUGCUGGCGAAGAAAAGAAACUGAACGAUGAAACGUUGGCGAAGGACAAGGAAGUAGACAAUCAGCAGAAAGCCGAAACCAUCGAUUUGGUUAAAGACACUCCUGCCGAUGGUGGAUCCCGAGCCCUGCAUCGUACGAGUUCAAUUUUCCUGCGAAAUUUGGCACCAUCCAUCACAAAGGCCGAGGUAGAGGCUAUGUGUCGUCGAUAUAAUGGAUUUCUUCGUGUGGCUAUCGCAGAUCCUCUCCUGGAAAGACGUUGGUUCCGACGGGGUUGGGUUACUUUCAAGCGUGAAGUUAACAUCAAGGAAAUCUGUUGGAAUUUGAACAACAUACGACUGAGAGACUGUGAGCUUGGCGCGAUAGUGAACAAGGAUUUAAGCAGACGCGUACGCCCAGUAAAUGGGAUCACUUGUCACAAAACGGUCGUCCGGAGCGAUAUCAAACUGGGCGCCAAGAUAGCCCACAACUUGGAUGACAAGUGGGGGUUGUGGAAAGAAAAUCCAUCCACUGUGGGAGAUAAUGCAACCAACAAUGGUGCUGGCAUUCCGCCGGUAGAAUCGUUUGGUUUGCAGUCGAAAAAUCCUGUAUUACAAAACAUUACCGACUAUUUGAUCGAAGAGGCGUCGGCCGAAGAGGAAGAGCUGCUAGGCUUAUCGGAAGACAGCAAGAAGAUUUCGGAGGGCGAGUUGAUUGAGCGAGAUCCACAGCUGAUUGAAGUGCUUGAUAGGUUGAUCCUUUACUUGCGUGUGGUCCAUUCGGUUGAUUUCUAUAAUCACUGCGAAUAUCCGUACGAAGACGAAAUGCCCAACCGUUGCGGCAUUAUUCACGCUCGUGGACCACCUUCACAAAGCAAGGUGACAUGCAACGAAAUUCAGGAAUACAUUCGCACAUUCGAAGGCAAAAUGGCUUCUUUCCUUACCAGAAUGGUCGAUCUAGAGGAAGCCGAAAUGAAGAAGCUCGGUGCGAAGGAUGCCGAAGUAGAAGUGGAAAAAUUCAUCACGGCGAACACCCAAGAGCUAGCGAAGGAUAAGUGGUUGUGUCCGUUGUCAGGUAAAAAAUUCAAAGGUCCCGAUUUUGUGCGAAAGCAUAUUUUCAAUAAGCAUGCCGAAAAGGUAGAAGAAGUGCGUAAAGAAGUAGAAUACUUCAACAACUAUCUCAAAGAUGCAAAACGACCUCAGCUACCGGAACACCCAGGCAACACAAAAAAACCCGGAGCGGAAGGCACAACAUCCGCCGCCCCAGCUAGUGCUCCUGGACCGGGCUAUCGCAGCCAACCAUUCGGUAUGUCCCACAGCUAUGCGCCCAUGUAUGCGGCUUAUGCUGCAGCACCAAUGAUGGCCCCAAAUCCUCGCGGACGCGCUGGCUUUGGUCGAGGAGGAAGAGACACAGCGGUGGACCCUCGACGACCGAUCAUAGCAUAUAGCGACUUAGAUAUGCCGAAUUUCAAUGAUAGUUUUUUCUAG